AUGAAGUCCAGAGUUUGGAACGUCCUCAACAUCAAGGUGGAAGAUGCAGGGCCACUUGAGGGUUCCACGUCAGGAGAGCGGAAGUACCGGAUUCGGCUUUACGACCGCAAGGAGACCAUGCUGCCGCUGCGCUGGGUGGAGAUGCCCACACGGCGCGCCACCGAGACCUACUACGACAGGUAUUACAACCAAAAGAAGCGUUGGGUCUAUUACAGCAAAGAUUCGGAAGGGCAAGAUUGGUUUUACAAGGCAACGCAAGGGAAUGAGUACACGGAUGAGUAUCUGGAAUCGGUCUGUUACGGGGAGUGCGAACCAGCAGAGCCCGAAUUCAAGGACUGCUUGGCGAGGGACUCCUCGAGAAGACUGGCGAGGAACCACAGCAAAGCGAGUGAGUCGGAAGUAUAUGCCAAAGAUGCCUAG